AUGGUACCUGCCAGAGGCAGCGCCUUCACCGUCGGCGCUGCGGCCGCCACUGCCGCGGGUGCUGUGGCGGCGUCCACGCGCCGAAAGACCCGGGCCUCCCGAGCCGUGGCCCAAGUGCCUGCGCUCCUCGGUGUUUUGCUCAUGCCUGUGUCGCUGCUGGCACAGGUUGCUGCACGUGCGGAAGUGGCCCCUGGUGAGAAAGUGGUUGGCAUUGACCUGGGCACCACGAACUCUGCCGUGGCCGGUGCCCCGACUGUGAUCCCCAACGCAGAGGGUGCCCGUACCACGCCGAGCGUCGUAGCCUACUCCAAGAGCGGCGAGCUGCUGGUGGGACAGAUCGCUAAGCGCCAGGCCGUGGUGAACCCGGAGAACACCUUCUACUCGGUGAAGCGCUUUGUCGGCCGCCAGCCUGGCGAAGUGGAGGAGGAGUUGAAGGAGGUGUCCUACCAGGUGGACUUUGAAGGCCAGAAGGUGAAGAUCGACUGCCCGGUCUUGAGCAAGAAGUUCGCUCCGGAGGAGAUCUCCGCACAGGUGCUGCGAAAGCUCAGCGGGGAUGCCGGCAAGUACCUCAGCGCCACCGUCCAGAAGGCCGUGGUGACGGUCCCGGCUUACUUCAACGACUCCCAGCGUCAGGCCACAAAGGAUGCCGGAAAGAUUGCCGGACUGGACGUGCUGCGUAUCGUGAACGAGCCCACGGCCGCGUCCCUGGCCUAUGGCCUUGAGAAGGCAAACAACGAGACCAUCCUGGUCUUCGACCUCGGCGGCGGCACCUUCGACGUCUCCGUCCUUGAGGUCGGUGACGGAGUCUGUGAGGUGCUGGCCACGAACGGCGACACCCACCUCGGUGGUGACGACUUCGACAAGGUGAUUGUGGACUGGCUGGCGGAAGACUUCCAGAAGACUGAGGGCAUCGACCUCCUGAAGGACAGGCAGGCACUUCAGCGCCUGACCGAGGCCUCGGAGAAGGCCAAGAUCGAGCUCUCAGGUGUGCAGGAGGCCAAGAUCUCCCUGCCCUUCAUCACCGCUGAUGCCACGGGCCCCAAGCACAUCGAGCAGAGCCUGUCACGUGCCAAGUUCGAGCAGCUGGCCAGCAAGCUGAUUGCCCGCUGCAGGACCCCAGUGGAGAACGCCCUGAAGGAUUCCAAGCUGAGUGCCAGCGACAUCAACGAGAUCGUGCUGGUGGGUGGCUCCACCCGAAUCCCGUCUAUUCAGAGUCUGGCCUCCGAGUUGGUUGGUGGCAAGAAGCCCAACCAGAGUGUGAAUCCGGAUGAGGUGGUGGCCGUGGGUGCAGCUGUGCAGGCCGGUGUGUUGGCAGGCGACGUGAAGGACAUCGUCCUUUUGGAUGUCUUCUCUACCGCGACUGACUCCCAGCCCUCCGUGGAGAUCGUGGUGCUGCAGGGUGAGCGUCAGUUCGCGAAGGACAACAAGAUUCUGGGCACUUUCCGUCUGGAUGGUGUGCCGCCCGCCCCUCGUGGCGUGCCGCAGAUUGAGGACCGUGGCACCGGCAAGGAGCAGACCAUCACCAUCGCGGGAUCCUCCACUCUGGACAAGACGGAUGUUGACAAGAUGGUGCAGGAUGCUGAGGCCAACGCUGCCGAGGACAACAAGCGCAAGGACGCAGUGGAGACAAAGAACAACGCAGAGAGCCUGGUGUACCAGACCGAGAAGCAGCUGACCGACCUGGGUGACAAGGUGCCGGCGGACUUGAAGGCCAGCAUUGACCCCAAGUUGCAGGCGCUGAAGGACAAGGUUGCCGAGGCCGAGCCGGACACGGAGCUCCUCAAGACCAUGACCAAGGACCUCCAGGAGGAGCUGAUGAAGGUCGGCCAGGCAGCCUAUGCCAACACGGGAGGCGCGGCGGCCGGUGACGCCGGCGCAGCUGGGGCACCCCCGCCCGGUGACGCCAAGGGCAAGGACGACGUCAUCGACGUGGAUGGUCAGUAA